ACAAUCCCUGCCUAGUGCCUAAGAGGUCGGUUGAAAGGUCCUCUCCCGAAGGUAAACUAGACGCUACCGUUAAGGGUCCCUUAGGCUACUUGAAUCUAGCAUCUACCAUCGUACUCCACUAACCGUGCCAGACUACUUACGACGGCAAGAGAGUUUUGUUGCGACCUGCGAGUGUCCGUAGAGAUCACGACAGGGUUACACAGUAGUGAAUAAUACUUCCAGUGAGUGUGAGACACCCAGCAACCAUCCCCAUGUAUCAGGAGGACUGAUCAGGACCCAGAGCUCCAUCACUGUGCCUCCACCUCACUCACUGAUACAUGAGAGAGACAAUGAGCAGAAGAUCCUGGAACUCACCAACAAGAUCAUUCAGCUGCUGACUGGAGAGGAGUGGGAGUAUGCAGAGGAACACAAGGAUCUUUACAAGGACGUGAUGAUGGAGAAUAACUGGCCCCUCAUGUCACUGAAUGGACCCGGUAACAGAGAUACCCCAGAGAGAUGUCCCCGUCCUCUAAAUACACAGGACUGUACAGAGGAGAAUCACAGGAUCCUACAGGAGCACCAGGGUGAAGAUCUGACUAUUAUAAAGGUAGAGUAUAUAAAGGGAGAAGAAGAGAUGUGUGUGACUGAUAUGAAGGUAGAAGAUAUAAAAGGUGAAGAAGAGACGUAUGUGACUGAUAUGAAGGCAGAAGAUACAGAGGGAGAAAAAGAGAUGUAUGUAAGCUGUGAUCAGCUGUGUAAGGAGGAGGAAAUCCCUACAGAUAUCAGCACAGAUGGACGCACAAGCGGGAGUGCCUUGGAAGAAUAUCUCAUCUUAUCUGCAGACAUUAAAAUAGAAAAUAACAUUACACAAGAUUCUCCAGGAAGCAAUCUUGUUAUGCUAAAUAUACACUCUGUGCCUCACAAUGCAGAUAUAUCAUCAGACCCCUGUAAUCGCGAGGAAAGUUCUCCUGAUACCUCAGUUUUUGUUACACAAAGUGUUGCUCAUACACCUGAUAAAAUAGUUCCCUCUUCUAAGUGUGGGAAAUGUUUUACACAGAAAUCAGCUUUUGUUACACAUAAGAGAAGUCACACAAAUGAGAGGCCAUUUCCAUGCUCUGAGUGUGGGAAAUGUUUUACAAAGAAAUCAGCUCUUGUUACGCAUCAGGGAAGUCACACAGGUGAGAAACCAGUUUCAUGUUCUGAGUGUGGCAAAUGUUUUGCAUUUAAAUCACAUCUUGUUAAACAUGAAAGAAUUCACACAGGUGAGAGGCCAUUUCCAUGCUCUGAGUGUGGGAAAUGUUUCACACAGUUAUCAGUUCUUGUUAAACAUCAGAGAAGUCACACAGGUGAGAAGCCAUUUUCAUGUUCUGAGUGUGGGAAAUGUUAUACUCAGAAGUCGCAUCUUGUUAUACAUCAGAAAAGUCACACUGGUGAGAAACCAUUUCCCUGCUCUGAGUGUGGGAAAUGUUUUACACAGAAAUCAUGUCUAGUUAGACAUCAGAGAAGUCACACAGGUGAGAAACCAUUUACCUGUUCUGAGUGUGGGAAAUGUUUUAUACAGAAAUCCAAUCUUCUUAGACAUGAUAUUUUACACAGUAGAAAAACAAGUCAGGCGGCCAUUUUGUUGUGGUCCAUUGACUCUUCACCCAGAGAUUCCGGUAUUUUCUUUCCUCGUGGGGCAGAUAAUUGGAUCCUGUCACAUCUGGGCCCCUCUCUGUUUCCUCUCACAAAGCAUAUAGACCCUCAUUGGAGACCUCCUGCCGUACCUGAGGAAGAGCAGAAUGGGACCAAAUUAUUGGGCAGUUCAGCUGUGAGGAACCAGAGUCUUUAUUACACACGUUCUGUAUUCUCACUGAGGAUGGACAAGGACAGGAGUCACAUGACUGGGAGGAUACUAAAUCUCACCCUGGAGAUUAUCUACCUGCUGACUGGGGAGGUUUACACUGUAGAGAAAAAGAAAUCUGCUGAGUGGGAGACCCCCAGCAGCCAUCCCCGUGUGUCAGGAGGACUGAUCAGGACCCAGAGCCCCAUCACGGUGCCUCCACCUCACUCACUGAUACAUGAGAGAGACAAUGAGCAGAAGAUCCUGGAACUCACCAACAAGAUCAUUCAGCUGCUGACUGGAGAGGAGUGGGAGUAUAUAGAAGAACACAAGGAUAUGUACAAGGACAUGAUGAUGGAGAAUCACCGGCCUCUCAUAUCACUGGAUGGACCCAGUUACAGAGAUAACCCAGAGAGAUGUCCCCGUCCUCUUUAUUCACAGGAUUGUACAGAGGAGAAUCACAGGACCCCACAGGAGGAUCAGAGUGAAGAUUUGACUAAAAAUAAGGCAGAAGUUAUAGAGAGAGAAGAAGAGACAUAUGUUGCUGAUAACAAGGCAGACUAUAUAGAGGGAGAAGAAGAGCCGUAUGUGACUGAUGUAAACGCAGAAGAAAUAGAGGGAGAAGAGACGUAUGUGACUGAUAUAAAUUUAGAAGAUAUUGAAGGAGAAGAAGAGAUGUAUGUGGCUGUUAUAAAAGCAGAAGAUAUAGAAGGAGAAGAAGAAGAGACGUAUGUGACUGAUACUAAGGCAGAAGAUAUAGAGGAAGAAGAGACGUAUGUGAGGGGUGAUCAGCAGUGUAAGAAGGAGGAAAUCCCUACAGAUAUCCGCACAGCAGAUGGAGGUAACGGAAGAAAUAUCUUGGAAGAAUAUAUCAUUUUAUCUGCAGACUUUAAAAUAGAAGAUAAUUUCACGCAGGAUUCUCCAGAAGAAAAUCCCAUUACCCCAAUUUUACAUCCCAUACGUCACAGUGCAGAUAUGUCAUCUGAUCCAUCUAACCAUGAACAGCGUUCUCCUGAUAACUCAGAUACUGUUAUAUAUAGUACAGAUUUUAGAGAAGCCACAAUCUUGCCGUUUUCUAUAGAUUGCAAAUGUUUUACACAGGAUACAGAGCUUACUACCCAUCAGCUACCUAAGGCUGGUGUGAUGCCGUUUACAUGUUCUGAGUGUGGGAAAUGUUUUACAAAGAAAUCACAUUUUGUUAUGCAUGAGAGACAUCACACGGACGAGAGACCAUUUUCAUGUUCGGAGUGUGGGAAAUGUUUUAAACAGAAAUCUGAUCUUGUUAGACAUCAGAGAAUACACACAGGAGAGAAACCAUUUCCAUGUUCAGAGUGUGGCCAACGUUUUACAUAUAAAUCAGCCCUUGUUACACAUCAGAGAAGUCACACAGGUGAGGCACUAUUUUCAUGCUCUGAGUGUGGGAAAUGUUUUACACAGAAAUCAAAUUUUGUUAUGCAUGAGAGAAGUCACACAGGUGAGAGGCCGUUUCCAUGUUCAGAGUGUGGGAAAUGUUUUAAACAGAAAUCAGAUCUUGUUAUACAUCAGAGAAUACACACAGGAGAGAAACCUUUUCCAUGUUCAGAGUGUGGCCAACGUUUUACUUAUAAAUCAGCCCUUGUUACACAUCAGAGAAGUCACACAGGUGAAAUGCCAUUUCCGUGCGCUGAGUGUGGGAAAUGGUUUACACAUAAAUCAAAUCUUGUUAGACAUCAGAGAAUGCACAUAAGGGAGAAGUAAUUUUCCUGUACUGAUUUAGGAAAAUAAUUGAAGUCCCAUAAUGUUAAACAAUUAUUCACACAAAUUUAACCAGGUGAAACAUUUUACUAAGCAUAGUAUUUUCCUAACUCAGUCCUAAAAGCACUCUUAACAGUCCAGGUUAUAAGGAUAAUCCAUGCUUAUGCACAGGCGAUUUAAUUAGGACCAUCUGUGAAAAAGCAUGGAUAUCGGCCCUCAUUCCGAGUUGUUCGCUCGGUAUUUUUCAUCGCAUCGCAGUGAAAAUCCGCUUAGUACGCAUGCGCAAUGUUCGCACUGCGACUGCGCCAAGUAACUUUACUAUGAUGAAAGUAAUUUUACUCACGGCUUUUUCUUCGCUCCGGCGAUCGUAAUGUGAUUGACAGGAAAUGGGUGUUACUGGGCGGAAACACGGCGUUUCAGGGGCGUGUGGCUGAAAACGCUACCGUUUCCGGAAAAAACGCAGGAGUGGCCGGAGAAACGGUGGGAGUGCCUGGGCGAACGCUGGGUGUGUUUGUGACGUCAACCAGGAACGACAAGCACUGAACUGAUCGCACAGGCAGAGUAAGUCUGGAGCUACUCUGAAACUGCUAAGUAGUUAGUAAUCGCAAUAUUGCGAAUACAUCGGUCGCAAUUUUAAGAAGCUAAGAUUCACUCCCAGUAGGCGGCGGCUUAGCGUGUGUAACUCUGCUAAAAUCGCCUUGCGACCGAUCAACUCGGAAUGAGGGCCAUCCUUAGAACCUGGGCUGUCAGGGUAUCUUGGGGGCAGAGUUUGGGAAUCCCUAGCCUAUGGUAUACAGCAGGUGAAAAAACAAUUAAAUAAGCAACUCCUAAUGGCACUUAUAAAAUGCGUUAUUUAUCCGCUUAUAGAUGAGCAGAACCUACAGGCAGCUGUCCACAACCGAGUAGUGACCUGUCCAAAAACAACACAAAGCUACAGCAGUAGCACAAAGAAAAAGUAAACUUAUAACCAUUUCAUAUGCAAAAAGUAUUAGAAUUACUGUAUGUGUUAAAAAAAACCAUUUGUUUAAUGCUCAAUAAAAAUGCUAUAUACAAAA